AUGUCGGACUCUCAACUGGCGAAAUACUAUGGUUUGGUUUGCGUAUUUUCAUGGCCUAGUUACAAGCUGGGAUUUGAACAAAAAAGGCCCAUAUUUGAACCCGGAAUUGUAACCUCAUUUGACUUGGUGCAUAAUGACUCUUGUCGAGGAAUCUUGGUCUCACAAGACGGUUCAAAACUUUGCACGAUAUCUGCAGACCGCUCUAUCGCAUUGAGUGACAUUGAAACGGGAAGGCCUCACGCUAUUCUUCCAGAGGCACACGAGUCUUCUCUUCAAGCAUGUUCGUACGUUUCUUCGCAGCUUUUUGCCACCGGAGAUGAUGAAGGCAUAUUAAAGAUAUGGGACGAAAGGAUUCUCGGCAAGGGAGCAACUGCAGUUAUGCAGUUCAAAGACCAUAUUGACUUUAUUUCGUCAAUUCAGGCGCUUCCGAGUAAAAAGACAAUGGUUACUGGCGGCGGGGACGGCUUUCUACACGUGUACGAUCUCCGUAAAAACAAGUGCAAGGCAUCAAGCGAUCCUCUUCAAGAGGAAAUUCUCUCCAUGUCUUUCGUAAAGGGUGGCAAAAACCUCGUUUGUGGCAUGCAGGAUGGCUCGGUCAACAUUUUCUCUUGGGACUACUGGGCUGGUCCUUCUGAUAGGAUUUUGGGACAUCCCUCUUCUGUUGAUUCGAUGGUAGCUCUUAAUUCGUCUGCAAUUGCCACGGGGGGUGGAGAUGGAUUUCUGAGAUAUGUCGGCAUUCGGCCAAACUCCUUACUUGGAUGGACAGCGAUUCCUCACCAUUUUGAUGACAUCGAUAAUAUCAACGGCGAAUAUGGUACCGGUGCCAAGGGUUACCAUCGAGAAAAAGCAAAACAAGAAGAGGAAAAUGUGGGCCAACAAAAAGACCAUCACGAGCAAGGCCUCCGAUUCGCUUCGUCUCCGGUCGAUAUUGUGUCUGAUGAUAACUUUUGGCCAAUCUCAACCAUUUCGGCGCUGAACAAUCCAAUCGAAAAUAGCGAAAUUCCUCUUUUGGUCUGCGGUUCUCAGGAAAUGGUUUAUGUCACUGCUAGCCAUUUGAAAUAUUUUUCAAAAGCCAAAAAGCGCACCCGAGACUUUGCCCUUUCGAGCGACAAUGAAGAGCUAGAUGUUGGAGGAAUUUCAGACUACAAGCCAUCAGAGAUCGCUGCAAAGAGGGCCGAUGCAAACAAAAUACCGAAAGGCAGGAAAAAUGCCCUCAAAAGGGGGUUUUUAGAAGCAAAGCAAGCCGAAAAUUCGGUGUUUUUUACCGAUUUAUUGGAAUAUGACAGGCGACCCGCCCAUCCCGAUUUCGGCACCCACGACGACGAGAAAGAACUGGAUUUGGAAAAUAUUUAG